AUCCCCUCCAUUCUGUCAGAUUAAUUCCCUUUAGUUGUCCUCACCCUGGGGGGAGACUGUGGAGUUGUAGCUACAGGUGUGGCCACAGCGAACAUGAUAUUCUACACACACUGUAGGGGAAAACUAGAAAAGACUGAAAAACUGGAACACUUACUGUAUAGUGUGACACAGCAACAAAGUGAAUUUUCAGCCAGUCUAAAAUAAGCAUAGGAGCAGUGAUGGUUGCUUGCCUGCUGAGUAUAGUUUACAGGGCACAGUUGCAUUAUGGGUAAAAUGACCGGCUGAAAAUUUAAAAGUUAAUUAAAUUUACUAAAAAUGCUGCACAACAUAACACCUUAGUGCAUAUGACCGUUUAAUAUAUUUACAUAACUAAAAAGUCGUAUCUUUUCUUCAUCACUGUCUGUGUAAUUCACAUAAUACCAGGUACUCGAGACAAUUCACAGUGUAGUGGAGUUGACUGGAAAUUCUCUCACAGCGUCAAUCUACCUUGCUACACACACACACACACACACACACACACACACACACACACACACACACACACACACACACACACUUCGCCUCUUUGAGCGGAUUGGUAAGAAAUCCAUCGCUUUACGCUCUGAUUGGUCAGCUCCGCCUCGUCAGGCCACACGUCAUCCCCGUCGCACUACCAUCAUGUUUCACCCCUCUGGUGGAAUAACAGUGCUGUGGGAUGCUGGUGCGAAGCAGCAGCGUAGCAUCAGGACCACAAGUCUGAGUGGGAUGGAGACCAAGAGUGAGAUAUAAAUGGAGAAGCAGCAGAUUCGCCAGGAGAAGCCGGACGUCCACGUGAAUUCAAAGUGUUUCGCAUUAAAACGCAAACAGCAUCAAUUUCCUCUAAAGUCAUCAUUUACUGACAAUUAAUGUCAAACUGCACACUGGAGCAGCUUAACGCUGCCUCCCUGGGUGAAACGUCGCUAAUGGGAAAACAGCAUAGCAUCAUCAAACUCAUCAAACUACAUCUAAAUGCAGCAUAAUGCCUUCAAAAGUGUCAUGUCUAUACCUGCUGACCGUGGUCUGCUGGGCCAGCGCCCUCUGGUACCUGAGCAUAUCCCGCCCGACGUCCACCUACGUGGGCCACAUGUCCCUGCCCAUACGCAAGACCGCCAAGGCCCACAAGAACAUCACCUUCACCAACAUCCGGACGCGCCCGCUCAACCCGCACGCCUUCGAGUUCGUCAUCAAUGAGCCCAAGAAGUGCGACGGCGUCACGCCCUUCCUGGUCAUCCUCAUCAGCACCACGCACAAGGAGUUCGACGCCCGCCAGGCCAUCCGCGAGACCUGGGGCGACGAGGGCGCCUUCGGCGACGUCCGCAUCCUCACCGUCUUCCUGCUGGGGAGGAACACGGACGCCGUGCUGAACCAGAUGGUGGAGCAGGAGAGCCAGAUCUUCCACGACAUCGUGGUGGAGAACUUCGUGGACUCCUACCACAACCUCACGCUGAAGACCAUGAUGGGCAUGCGCUGGGUGGCCACGUUCUGCCCCAAGGCCCAGUACGUCAUGAAGACGGACAGCGACAUCUUCGUCAACAUGGACAAUCUGAUCUACAAGCUCCUGAAGCCCAGCACCAAGCCGAGGAGGAGGUACUUCACCGGCUACGUGAUCAACGGCGGCCCCAUCAGGGACAUGCGCAGCAAGUGGUACAUGCCCAGGGACCUGUACCCUGACAGCAAGUACCCUCCGUUCUGCUCGGGCACGGGCUACGUGUUCUCGGCAGACGUCGCUGAGCUAAUCUACAAGACCUCGUUGCACACGAGACUGUUGCACCUGGAGGACGUGUACGUGGGACUGUGUCUGCGCAAGCUGGGCAUCCACCCUUAUCAGAACAGUGGCUUCAAUCACUGGAAAAUGGCUUAUAGCCUGUGCAGGUACAGGCGGGUUAUCACCGUGCACCAGAUCUCCCCGGAGGAGAUGCACCGCGUCUGGAACGACAUGUCCAGUAAGAAGCACCUACGAUGCUAAUGGACCUGUGGACGUCCGCCUUCUCUCUCUCUCUCUUUCUAUUUCCACUAGUUCCACUCUAAUUAAUGUUAAAACAUUGAGGGCUGAUGCAAGUCUCUAUGUCAUGACAGCGGCGUUUCAUUAGCAUUCAUCCAAUCUUUAUUUCUGCUGAUUACAUGUGAUGAUUGGUAAUGGAUGCGCAAGGCUUGUAAAGCGCGUAUUCUCAUGCAUAAUUAAAAGGCGCCGUCGUCAUUAAAUGUCGCUUGGUUCGUGCAUUCCAGGCCCAAUUUGAGCAUUAGGUCAACGGGCAUUAAGAAGCGAGAAGCCCCCGGUUCAAGCCGCAACAAGGCCUAGCCUUUUUCACUGCUGAAGUGUCCUUGAGCAAGUGGAGCAACAGUGAAUUUCUGGUUUCUGCACAGAAAUUUCACCUGUAAUGUAUCUUCAGAAAUGAGCAGAAACUGUUAAACUACUUUGUUAAACUCACGCUCAAACUCACUCGAUGCUUUUAUUCUAAAUUUGCCUAAUGCUUUUGUUUACACGCCGUCAUCGUUGUCGGUCUCUUCUCUCUGGAAAAAGUCCUAUUUAUGUUUUGCUCUCUUUAAAGGCAGUUUUUUCUCCUUCACACUUGAGGUAAUCACACGUCUCAGCUCCUCAUUGCUCCAGCUGCUGCCAUUAGUUAUGUAUGCGAUGCAUUAGCAGCCAUUUCAGCUCAUCAACCCCUCGACGCAUCGCUAGAAACACGGCAUCGCGUGUCGCGGGUCUGAGUUCAACUCCAGCCAUUAAAGACUGGAUGUACUGCGUAUCAGUGAUCGCUGACAUGGAAAAGGUGGUUCUCAGAAAACUUGGCAGUUAUGGCCACAAGUUUCUUUCCAGACAGUUUGUAGUAUUAUAAGCUAAUGUGACAUUUACUGUGAAAGCAUCUAUUCCACAAGGGAUUGUUGUUAUCUAUUGUAUGUUUUUUAUAUUAAAAAACAAAUACUUGAAUAAUUAAAGUUAUAUUACUGCUUCUACUCGAUGCCUUUUUGCAGUUCACUCGGUUAUGGAUUUGCUGAUGCUCAGCUUUAUUGUAUAUGUUUGUUUCUUGUUUUUUGCAAUUAAAACUAAGUUUGAAACAACUGAUUCACUCACUGACAGUUACACAGUAACUAUAUCUACACUUUUAAACUAAUUGGGCCACAUUAUAGCAGGGCUGUGCUGACAACUUGCCAAAAUGUUGCCUAAUUAGUCCCUAUUAGCAUUAUAAAAAAGUAUGGAAAUAUUAAACACACAUAUUUAUUAAUAAUAAUAGCAAGUUUUUAUUUGUUGCACCUUGUCAGAAAUGUGACAUCAGCCGAUUACAGAGGGAACAGGGCUACUACUGUAUGUUGAAAUGGUCCACAUACUGUACAUAGAAAACACAAUAAGUUACUUCAUAAAAUAAAGCAUUUAGUAAAAGUUACUUUUUACCACCUCAAUACUUAAAAAUCAUUUGGAGCUACUGGACUUGAUUGGACAAAUAAAUGGCUCAUCGCCGUUUCAACAGAUUUGGUUUCAUCCUGUCGCACAGUACAUUUAGCGCCUAAGACGCUUCCGCUGCUGCCGUUGGCCCAUUAGUCUGGCAUCUUCAAACACUAACCAGCGUGGAUUACAUGAGCACAGGUGCAGUUAUAUUUCACGCGUCUGGUGAUGAAAGCACGUACAGUUAACUUGUCUUCCGGGGCCUGAGCGUCCGUGCGCUCGGCCCAAAAGUGCAUUGCGGCGCGUCUCGUUAGGGUGAACUCGCCGGAGCUGCGUCAUCGCUGGGGGUCGUACAUUUGUGAAAUGGAUAUCAGCGGGUCUCAAACGCUACGUUCUUAGGCACAGAAAAAGAACAAGGCACCUCUAGCAUUUUGAAGCAUUAACACUGUUGAGAGCAGCAAAUUACACACAGUAGCACCCAGGUCUCGUUUUUCUUCUGCACACUCAGUCAAAGAGUUCCCUUCUUGUCAAUGCAAAACAAGGCUUGACUAAGAAAAAAAAUACAUUAUGCUUUUAUACAUUCGCUGUUAUUAUGAAAAUGUGCUUUUCCCCAUAAAUUAACCAAGUCAUACAUUCUGACAAAACCUCAGAUAAACAUCUGAAAUCGGGGGGUUGUCAUGCAGGAGUCAAAACUAAUUUCUUUCCACUGUGUUAAAACAACACAGUGAAAGAAAGAAAAACAAAAAUUAUUUU